AUGUUUCAUGCUGGACCAAAGGACAGGCACUACAAGUCCUUCAUCUUCAUCUUCUCCUUCCAUCCCAUCUUGGGAGGGGUGAGAAGCCUGCCUCCAAGGCCCAAGGUUCAGGCCGUGCUGGCUAGGCCUGGCACAGAUAGCGGUGAAGAAGAGGAAGAUAAGACCCAGCUGAGCCAGCCGAUCGCUCCAAAGAAUUGCUUUUUGCCACCCGGCAUCAGUGUCCUUGAGAAGCUCAUCAAAACUUGCCCGGCUUGGCUUGUGUUGAGCAUCACUCAGGAAAAGGCUGCUGAGAUACUCUGCAAAGAGCCAGCAGGGAUAUUCAUGAUUAGGAAAGAUGAGACCCUGAAAAAUCUGUUCCUCUCAGUUCAUUUUCCAGCCCAGGCGGAAACUCCUGGGGUUCUGGAGUACAAGAUUAAAGAAGAAAAAGCAUUACUGUACUUGGAAGGAUCUCUUCUUGUGUUUGAAGAUAUCUUCAAACUGGUUGCAUUCUACUGUGUCAGUAGAGAUUUGCUUCCCUUCACGCUAAGACUGCCACAAGCAAUAUUGGAGGCCAAUAGUGUUACAGACCUAGAAAUCAUCUCUACUUUGGGGAUAGGUUUCUGGGACUCGUCUUUAAAUCAAAGGCGAGGAGGGAGGUUUCCCCAUUCUGUGGAAGGCUCUGGUUUCACCACAGCUCUGGGAAAAAAAGUAAAAAACUCCAACCAGUGUUUUGCAAGCAGCACGAACAAUUGUUCAUGUGAAAUUGAGCUGUCAAUAGGAAAUGACAGGCUGUGGUUUGUAAAUCCUAUUUUUAUAGAGGAGAGAAGCCGUCGGUUUCCCCCAGAUGUCCCUCCUCCGGAGAUCUGUAGGGAGAGUCCUUCUUUUAGUAGAGACACUGUGACCAGACCUCCAAAGCAGUCUCCCAGCCGCCCACCUCCACCGCCACCUCUGCUUCUACAUGCUGUGAAGCAGCCUGAGAAACCUCCCAUGACCACUUCUGAAGACGACCAGCUUCAGGUUAUUGAGAAAAACCAAAAGGAGAUGAAAACUGAAGUUAGCAAAGAGAAGGAAGGUGACAGCCACGAGUCUUUUUCUCCGGAUCACCAUUCAUCCAUAAAUUCAAAGAAGAGUCUUCCUCCUUCCAUUCCACCACGGAGGUGCAUCUCUGAAAGAUAUGCUAGAAAGGGUUGCUUUGUUAAACUUGACAAAUGCCCAGUGCUCAAAAGGGAACAGAUAGGAAGGGAACAGCCAGAAAAACAGACGCAUGGGAAUGAAGCUUGUGUGAACCAUCUCCAAUGCAUUGAGGCUCCAGAGGCCCUUGAGCAGGGGAUGGAGAAGAACCCCGCACCCUGUCAAGAAGUAAAGGCAGGGAGUGAGCAUAAGAAGAAGCCAGCUGAGGUGCAGAGGAAGCCCUCAGAGAAGCUGACGGAGCCUCCUGUUCCACCCCCUCGGAAGAAGAGGCUCUCCAGGGAGCCAUCCUCUGCCAGUUCUUGCCAGUCAAAACACAUGAGCCCUGAAGAGCCGGAAGUGUUGAGUCCAGAAGAAAACACACAGCCUGUAGCAAAAGCUUGCUCUAAGGCAAAACGGGAAUCAAAAUCGGUCUGUAAGCUUGCCAGUAGAUCAGUUUCUCAAGGUUCCCAUGACUCAGUGCACAGCCCAGUAAGCAACGCGGGGCCCCAAACGCCUGCCUCUGAGCCGGACUCCUGUUCCACAAGUAGCACCGAGGAUGAGCUGGAGUCCGUGACCAGCCCCUCUGUGAAGAAGACCCGAUCCAUGAUCUUAGGCAAGGCCAAGCACCGCUUGUCCAUGGUUAGCCUGAGCCAUGUCUUCACAGCAUUCAUGUCUGCCGACCGAAAGCUCCAGAAGAAGAUCGUGGAGCUGGCCCAGGACAAGGACUCUUACUUUGGCAACUUGGUGCAGGACUAUAAAGCGUACAGUCUGGAGAUGAUGGCCAAGCAGAGCUCCAGCACUGAAAUGCUGCAAGAGAUCCGCUUAAUGAUGACGCAGUUGAAGAGCUACUUGAUACAAAGCACAGAGCUGAAGCCCUUCAUGGACCAGGCGGUUCACACAGACGAGCAAGUAGAGGUGAUUGUCGAGUCAGCUUUGCACAAGUGUGUCUUGAAGCCUUUAAAAGAAGCCAUCGAUACCUACUUAAGGGAAAUACACAGCAAAGACGGAUCCUUCAAGCUCCUGAAGGAAAACCAGCAAGUCAUACAAAAUACAACGACGACCGACUUGGGAGUCACCACUAGUGUGCCUGAAUCUACAUUGCUGGAGAAAAUCCUACACAAAUUCACAAGCAUGCACAAAGCCUACUCUCCAGAGAAAAAGAUUAGCAUCCUACUGAAAUCCUGCAAACUCAUCUAUGACUCCAUGUCUCAGGGAAACCCAGGGAAGCCUUAUGGAGCAGAUGACUUCCUUCCGGUUCUCAUGUAUGUUCUGGCUCGCAGCGACCUGACAGAGAUGCUUCUGAAUGUGGAGUAUAUGAUGGAGCUCAUGGACCCAGCUCUGCAGCUGGGGGAAGGUUGUUAUUAUUUAAUCACUACCUACGGGGCAGUAGAGCUGAUCAAGAGCUACGACAAGAUCUCCGUCACCCGGCAGCUAAGCACCGAGGUUCAGGAUUCCAUCCACCGCUGGGAGAGGCGGAGAACGCUUAACAAAGCCCGGGCGUCGCGAUCGUCAGUUCAGGAUUUCAUCGCCAUCUCAUUUAUGGAAGCCGAUGCCAAAACAAGGACACUUGCCUACCGGACUGACUCGACAACCCAUCAGCUGAAUCAACAGUGCGCUGAGAAAUUUGAAGUCUCAGAGCCUCAGAACUAUGGGCUGUUUGUUCACGUCGAUGACAAGACCAUGCAGCUCGAUGAAGAUGCCCUCCCUCACCGCAUCAAGUCCCACCUCCUGAACAAGGAAACCAAGCCAACGUUCCAAUUUAUUUAUAAGCCAACGGGAGGUGAAGAGACACCGGUCCCCAUUAUCAAGGAGCCAGAUGUUUUAUAAGAACAACAUUGCUCUGUUGUAGCAGGCUCAUCUCAAAGGGUUGUGAUGUUUCUUCCUUCAAAGCGUUCAGAUCUCCAGCGCUGGCAGAAGCACUUCUGAUCUGAAUGGCGAUGGGGACGGCAUUGGUGAUCUUCUGCCGGGAGCAUUCUCUCAACAGAAUCCAUUUGCAGGUGUAAACAGAAUAUUCCAAGCAUAGUUCACUCUUGGGGGAAGGGGGAACCUUGAAUCAUUUAGAAACUCAAAUCCUGAGCACAUGAUGGAGCCUCCGUGCUGUUUGUUCUGAUACAAAGGAGGUAGGCCUGAGGUUAAGGGCAUCAUGUCAACAUCUUGUUGCAGCACCAAAUCCACAGUAUUAUCAGAGAUGGUUUGAGACAUUUUGAUGUCUGGGGCAGAAAGUCCAAAUGACCCUCACAGUGGUUGUAAACAAGAUAAUAAUAAACUCCACCGGGGUGCACAACUUUUCUGAUCCUGAAGGCAACGUCUGCUGUCAGCAGAGUGCCUGAGGACCGCACAUGCAUGCACACGUGUACUUGGAUGCGCUCGCACACACAAGAUUGUUACUAAAUAAUUCACAAUGUUUUUGAUGAGACUCCAACAUUUUCCACCUGAGGUGGAAACUGAUUCUGGAUAUUACUCAAGUUCUAUACUUAUGCAUAAAACCUCAGAGUCUAACAAACAUGAAAAGAGACACCGAGAGCCCACUGCCACUCCUGGUUUCAUCCCUAUUCUUACCGCAUCUCGUUGAACACAACACGU